AUGCGUCUCGCCCACCGCCUACUGAUGGCCGCGCCGGCCUCAAUCGGCUCCAAGGCCAGCCUCAGCGACGCCCUUGCCCUCCUCCCGCCGCUCCAGCUAUACCGGCGCGUCCUCCGCGUGCACCGCAAACUCGAUCCGGAAAUGCGCGUGCUGGGCGACUCAUACGUGAAAGCCGAGUUUCGCGCGCAUCGGAAUGUGGAGAAUCCGUUGCAUAUUAUCGGGUUCUUGACCGAGUGGCAGCUCUACGCGCAGAAGCUGGAAGGGGAUAACUGGGCCGGGGAGAAACUGGAUAAAUCUAAGCUGGAUAAAAUGAGUGGUAGGGUUUCGGUUUCCUGA